GGCCGAUCCUCCCACCGAGCGAACUGCGUCUCAGCCGUCCCGCUCGCCGAGGCCCUGGGUUGUGGGCUCCCGGCCGUCCGCGAAAGCAUGGCCCGGCCAGUGCAGCUGGCGCCGGGCUCGCUGGCGCUGGUGCUGUGCCGGCUGGAGGCGCAGAAGGCGGCGGGGGCUACGGAGGAGCCCGGCGGGCGCGCGGUAUUCCGCGCCUUCCGUCGCGCCAACGCGCGCUGCUUCUGGAACGCGCGGCUGGCGCGCGCCGCCUCGCGGCUGGGCUUCCAGGGCUGGCUGCGGCGCGGGGUGCUGCUGGUGCGCGCGCCCCCCGCCUGCCUGCAGGUGCUGCGCGAUGCCUGGCGGCGCCGGGCGCUACGGCCGCCGCGCGGCUUCCGCAUCAGGGCGGUGGGUGAUGUCUUUCCAGUGCAAAUGAAUCCAAUAACUCAAUCUCAGUUUGUACCUUUGGGUGAAGUUCUUUGCUGUGCUAUAUCUGAUAUGAAUACAGCUCAGAUUGGUGUAACACAGGAAUCACUUUUGGAGCAUUUGAUGAAACAUUACCCAGGCAUUGCAAUUCCAUCUGAAGAUAUUCUCUAUACCACUCUGGGAACGCUGAUUAAAGAAAGGAAGAUUUAUCACACUGGAGAAGGAUACUUCAUAGUUACUCCUCAGACUUACUUCAUUACAAAUACAACCACCCAGGAAAAUAAGAGAGUGCUGCCAUCAGAAGAAAGUCGCCUGAUGACAGCUUCCAUGACAUAUCUGGUGAGCAUGGAGAGCUGUGCAGAGUCAGCCCAAGAGACUGCCCCCAUAUCCCACUGUCAGUCUUGCCAGUGUUUCCGGGACAUGCACACUCAGAAUGUUCAGGAACCACCAGUUGUUACACAAGUGACUAGCAAGAGUCACAGAGGUCUUGGGGAAUCUGUACCUUGGGUACAGAAUGGGGCAGUUUCAGUGUCUGCGGAGCACCACAUUUGUGAGAGCACCAAACCUUUACCAUACACAAGAGAUAAAGAAAAAGGCAAGAAGUUUGGUUUUAGUGUCUUAUGGCGCAGCAUAUCUAGAAAGGAGAAGCCCAAAACAGAACACAGCAGUUUCUCUGCUCAAUUCCCACCUGAAGAAUGGCCUGUCCGAGAUGAAGAUGACUUGGACAAUAUCCCUCGAGAUGUUGAACAUGAGAUAAUCAAACGAAUUAACCCCAUUUUGACUGUUGACAAUUUAAUCAAACACACUGUCCUAAUGCAAAAAUAUGAAGAACAAAAAAAAUAUAAUAGCCAGGGCACUUCCACUGACGUGCUGACAAUCGGGCAUAAAUAUCCUUCAAAAGAAGGGGUUAAGAAGAGGCAGGGUCUGUCUGCAAAACCUCGAGGGCAGGGCCAUUCUCGCAGGGAUAGACACAAAGCCAGGCAUCUGGGAAGUGAGCUUCAGCCAGGAAGCAUUAGACUGGAGAAACACCCCAAGCUUCCUGCUACACAGCCUAUCCCCAGAAUUAAAAGCCCAAAUGAAAUGGUAGGUCAGAAACCACUUGGUGAGAUUACAACAGUGCUAGGUUCUCAUUUGAUUUACAAAAAGCGAAUCAGUAAUCCUUUCCAGGGUUUGUCUCACCGAGGAAGCACAAUAUCCAAAGGGCGCAAAAUUCAGAAGACUAGUGAUCUGAAACCCAGCCAGACUGGACCAAAGGAAAAGCCUUUCCAAAGGCCUAGGUCCUUGGAUUCCUCAAGAACCUUUGAUGGUGAAGCCAAAGAGCCAUACGCUGAACAACCUAAUGAUAAAAUGGAAGCAGAAUCCAUUUACAUAAAUGACCCUACUGUCAAAUCCAUCAAUGAUGACUUCAGAGGUCACCUUUUCAAUCACCCUCAACAUAGCAUGUUACAAAAUGACAGUAAAUGCUGUCCCUUUUUGGAUACCAUGUUGAGAUAUGAUAUGUAUGGUGGAGAAAAUGAGGUAGUUCCUGAAGUCUUGAGGAAAAGUCAUUCCCACUUUGACAAAUUAGGGGAGACCAAAGAGACUCUGCAUAGCCUGCCAUCACGAGGUGCCUCCUUUUCAGACCGAACACCCUCUGCUUGUAGAUUAGUGGAUAACACAAUACACCAGUUUCAAAAUCUUGGCCUUUUGGAUUACCCAGUUGGCGUGAACACUUUAAGACAACCUGAAAGACAAGACAGAGACUCAGAAGAAGUAUUGAGAAAAGGAUUUGUCCAGGAUGCAGAGACUAUGAGCCUAGAAAAUGAACGGCUUUCUAAUAAUGACCAGGCCUUGUAUCAGAAUGAAGUGGAAGAUGAUGAUGGUGCCUGUAGUUCAUUAUAUCUAGAGGAGGAUGACAUUUCUGAGAAUGAUGACUUAUGUCAAAUGCUGCCUGGCCACAUUCAGUAUUCCUUCACAGGUGGAAGCCAGGGAAAUCAUUUAGGAAAACAAAAAAUAAUUGAGAGAUCUCUGACCAAGUACCACAGCACAAUGGAGAGGGUUGAGCCUCAGGUGCUUAAAAGAAACGAAUGCUGCAAACCCACUGGGCUGCAUGCUACCCCAGGUGAAAGCCAAAAACCUAACCUUUCUGCUGAAAGUUGUGGCCUAAAUUCAGGGGCCCGGUUUGGUUUUAACUACGAAGAAGAACCCAGUGUUGCUAAAUGUGUACAGGCCUCAGCACCUGCUGAUGAAAGAAUCUUUGAUUACUGUAGUGCAAGAAAAGCCAGUUUCGAAGCUGAAGUCAUACAAGACUCUAUUGGUGACACAGGAAAGAAGCCAGCUAGCUGGAGUCAGAGUCCUCAGAAUCAGGAAAUGAGAAAACAUUUCCCACAAAAGUUCCAACUUUUCAACACUUCACAUAUGCCAGUGUUGACUCAGGAUAUCCAAUAUGAACACAGUCACUUGGAAGGGACAGAAAAUCACAGCAUGGCAGGAGAUAGUGGAAUAGAUUCUCCACGGACACAGAGUCUGGGAUCUAAUAAUUCAGUCACUUUGAAUGGACUAAAAAGAAGACAGAAUUUUCUGCAAAACGUUGAAGGCACAAAGAACAGUCAACCACUCACAUCCAAUUCCUUACUACCGCUAACUCCAGUCAUAAAUGUUUAAUUUUCUUUUGGAAACCUAUUUUUUUCUUUGUAAAAAGGUACAGCAUUACUACAUAAUCUUUCAAUCAUAUAAGAAUUGAGUAUAUAAUUGUCUAAAGGCAAGCAUAUCUAUGCUAUUAACCACAUUACAUAUUUUGUUCUAAUUACUGGCUUUUUUUCCUUUUUUGGUAUCUUAAGGCUUUUGGAAGCUUAUUUUACUAUCCAUUUAUUGGGAGUAUAUAGAUUAUUUUCAAUUAAAAAGUGGAAUUAUUGAUCCCCU